GCUGACCGUCAAAUAGAACAGCUGAUCCAAGUGUCAAAUAAUGAUAAGAACGUUUUUGCUUCGGUACUAGAUAUAUGAACAUAACAACAAGUGUGAUUUAGCGUUCAAUUUAUUUUAAAAAUAUAAGCGUAUAAGUUUUAAUACAGUUUGAAAAACGAUUGAGUAGUUAAAAUGUAUACACGGUUGCUGAGAAAUGUUCUCACACUAAGAACCUACAGCACAAAGUCAGCGGCCAAAGUGGAAUUACGACCGAUCAAUAAAAUUUUAAUCGCCAAUCGCGGUGAGAUAGCAUGUCGUGUAAUGCGCACUGCUCGGCGAUUAGGUGUACGCACUGUUGCCGUGUACUCUGACCCCGAUGAGCAUUCACUCCAUACAUCAAUCGCGGAUGAGGCAUACCGUGUUGGAGAGGCUGCAUCAGCGGCAUCUUAUUUGCGAGGACAACACAUUAUUGAUAUUGCAAAACGUGCUUCUUGUCAAGCAAUACACCCUGGUUAUGGAUUUCUUUCAGAAUCAGUUGAGUUUGCUGAGUUGUGCCAACGAGAAAAUAUAAUUUUUAUGGGACCACCAAGUACGGCUAUACGUGAUAUGGGUAUUAAAAGCACCAGCAAAGCUAUCAUGGAUGCCGCAGGUGUACCUAUCAUUAAUGGAUAUCAUGGUGAAGACCAGACAGACGAACGUUUGCAGGCAGAGGCAGACAAAAUUGGAUUUCCACUAAUGAUCAAAGCUGUACGAGGUGGCGGAGGUAAGGGCAUGCGUAUUGCAGAAAAUAAAGAAGACUUUUUGACUGCACUCAAUUCGGCACGCAAUGAAUCCCAGAAAUCAUUCGGUGACAGCUCUGUACUUUUGGAACGCUAUGUUCGUUCGCCACGGCAUGUUGAAGUUCAAGUAUUUGCCGAUCAAUACGGUGAUGCAGUUUAUUUAUGGGAACGUGAUUGUUCUGUGCAGCGACGCCAUCAAAAGAUUAUUGAGGAAGCACCAGCUCCCGGUCUCCCUGAGCAACUACGUCGGCAAUUGGGUGAAGCCGCUGUACGUGCAGCAAAAGCUGUAGGUUAUGUUGGCGCUGGUACUGUGGAAUUCAUUAUGGACAAAGAAGAUCUGUCUUUUCACUUCAUGGAAAUGAAUACGAGAUUACAGGUUGAACAUCCGAUAUCCGAAAUGAUCACCGGUACUGAUUUGGUCGAAUGGCAAAUACGUAUUGCGGGCGGUGAACGUUUGCCUCUGACACAGGAACAAAUCGGUCGAAAAGGUCAUGCAUUUGAAGCACGUAUCUAUGCUGAAAAUCCACGUGGCGGAUUCCUACCUGGUGCUGGUCCCCUACGUUACUUGGCAACUCCACAGCCAAAUGAUUAUGUUCGUGUCGAAACUGGCGUACGUGAGGGUGACGAAGUGUCCGUACAUUACGAUCCCAUGAUAGCAAAAUUAGUUGUUUGGGGAGAAAAUCGUGCGCAGGCAUUGAAUAGCUUGAUUGCGCGUCUGCGUGAAUAUCAUAUCACCGGUCUUGAAACCAAUAUAAACUUCCUCAUCGAUUUAGCUGCUCAUCCCGAAUUCCAAGAAGGCAAUGUACAUACCGGAUUUAUCGAUGAACAUUUUGAAACGCUUUUUCCACCCAUCGAAAUCAAAGAUGAAGAACUUUGUAAGGCAGCUAUUGCUUUGGUACUCAAUGAAAGCCAGGUUUUUGGCAGCAAUGCUGGCAAAAACGAUCCGUUCAAUGCGGCACAAAAUGCGCGCUUGAACUACUCGCUGAUAAGGAGUUACAAUUUGAAAGGGAAUGACAAAGUAGUAUAUAAUAUAAAAGUAUGCCAUGACGAGUCCAACCUGCAAAUGCAAAUCAAUAACGGUUCUUGGAAAACUGUUAAGCCCAUGCGUCUAUCCGAUGGCAACCGCUUGAAGAUCAGAGCAAAUAUUGACAAUAACAUUUCUACAUUUAAUGCGAAUAUUGACGGCACAGAAGUGACAGUCUUUUUAGAGAAUGGAAAAGUAAGUUUUGAGCUUGUUCAGCCGAAAUUUUUAAAUACACUUUCUGAUCAACAAAGUGGUACCAGCAGCAAUAAAAUUGUUGCACCAAUGCCAGGUGUGUUGGAAAAGGUUUUAGUCAAGCCGGGUGAUAAAGUGAAGAAGGGCGACAGCUUGGCAGUGUUGAUAGCUAUGAAAAUGGAGCACAUACUCAAAGCACCCCAAGAUGCUACUAUCAAGUCGAUUGGUGGUGCUGAGGGUACUAAUAUUUCCAAAGGAGCUGCGGUUAUUAUCUUUGAAGAUGAGGAGGAGUCUGCAUAGAAAACUCUUGGCUUGACGAAUGUACCAGAAAAAUUGCAUUUAUUUUAUUUUGGUGCCUGCAAAUGAUUGUAAACGAUGCAUUUAUUAGUUUUUAAAUGAGAAUUUGUUUUUUGUUGUUCUCAAAUAUAUAUUUUUGACAUACAUACUUGUGCAAUAAAAAUUGUAUUAUAAAAAUAUACAUACAUAUACAUAUGUACAUAUAUAGAUUUAUAACAUCAAUGCAGCGGUGGUUUGAGGAAAGUAUUUAUGGUCCAAAUAAUAUCAAAUUAAAGAUAUAAUAAGCAAAACUUUCAAAUUUAACGGUCUCAGCAGAUACAUCUUAAACGAAAUACAUUUCCACUAGAAAAAUACGGACAGCACAAAUAGUUUGAAAUGUUAAGAUUCAUUUAUUUUUAAUAUUUCAUUAUUAAUUGUUCUUUUAUAAUUACAAU